AUGGGCUUGCAACUCAUCAUAUUCUGCCUUCUGUUUUUAGUGUGUCCUUAUGCCAAUGGAGCGAGGGACAUAGGUACAGAAAAUUUGGAGAUCAGUAGCGAGCCCUACGUCACAAAUUAUGGAGCUAGGAAAAUUGUGAAAGAGCUGGAGGUUAGCGAGCCUUACAUGACCAACUAUGGUGGCAGAAAAAUUGGGAAAGAAGUGGAGAUAAGCGAGCCAUACUUGACCAACUAUGGAGCUAGAAAAAGUGAGGAAACAGUGGAGGUAAAAGAGCCUUACAUGACGAAUUAUGGAGCUAGAGAAAGUGUGCGAGAAGUGGAGGCCAGAGAUCCAUAUAUGACCAACUAUGGAGCUAGAAAAAGUGUGGAAGAAAUGGAGGUACGGGAGCCUUACAUGACCAACUAUGGAGCUAGAGAAAGGGUGAAAGAAGUGGAGGUGAUUGAGCCAUACAUGAUCAACUAUGGAGCUACAGAAAGUGGGCAUGAAGCUGAGGAGCCUUACGUGACCAACUAUGGAGCAAAGAAAAGUGUGAAGGAGGUGAAGAUAAGGGAGCCAUACACGACCAACUAUGGAGCGAAGAAAAGUGGGAAAGAAGUCAGGGAGCCCUACAUGACCAACUAUGGAGCCACAGAAAGUGAACAAGUUGAGAAGCCAUACAUGACCAAUUAUGGAAGCAAAGAAGAUAUAAAAGAAACAGAGGCUUCUUACAUAACUCAAUAUGGCACAAAAAAACAAGAAGAGGCUUCUUACAUAACUCAAUAUGGCACAAAACAAGAAGAGGCUUCUUACAUAACUCAGUAUGGCACAAAACAAGGAGAAACCAGAGUAGAGAGGACAGUUCCGUCCGCCCAUGAGCACCAUCAUCAUAUGCAUGCACAUUCAUCAUCUCGCGAUGAGGCACACGAGCAAGGUUUCUUCACUUUGGUUGAUUUCCAUAAGGGGUGUACAAUGCCACUCAACUUCCCAAACCAAAAUCACUCUCCUUUCUUGCCUAGGGAAACAGCUGAUUCCCUUCCAUUCUCAACAUCACAACUCCCACAACUUCUCCAACUCUUCUCCAUCCCACGCGAUUCUCGUGAAGCCAGACACAUGGCUUAUACACUCGAUCAAUGCGAGCAAACACCCAUCAAGGGCGAGACCAAGUUUUGCGCUACCUCGCUAGAGUCGAUGAAUGAUUUCGUUCACAAAAUCAUCGGUUCUGGGAUCAAAUUGAGUAUUCUCUCCACAACGCACCCUUCUACCUCAACAUCCAUCACACAGAAGUACACGAUACUGAAAAAACCUAAACGAGUCAUAGCUUCCAAAAUGGUCUUUUGCCAUCCGGUCCCUUACCCUUACGCUGUUUUCUUUUGCCACCACUUUGAGACCGACACCAGGUUCUUCCAGGUCUCACUAGGAGGAGAGAAUGGAGAUACGGUAGAAGCCGUAGCGGUCUGCCACAUGGACACUUCUGACUGGGACUCUAACCUCAGUCUGUUCCGCGACUUGGGUAUCAAAGCUGGUGCCUCCUCUCCGGUGUGCCAUUUCUUGCCGGAAAAUCAUCUUGCUUGGAUUCCAUCCCCCGUAACUGCUACGGCUUAA